CCAUCAUCAUCCUAUCUGUCAGUUUGUCGGUCCCUGCCUGCGACGACAGCCCUUUCUCGCUGUCCUUCGCCUCUCAAAUCUCUCGAUUGUUUGCAUCUCCAUUUCCGACUUGGCCUUCCAAACCACUCUUACCUUCCAAGCGUACACAAGACUCCCGCCCUCGCAACAGCGAUCCAUACCCCUCGAACAAUCAAAGUAACCAACAGCACUCCACACCGACAGCGCAACAUACAAUCCCAGCCCAACCACUCGCCAGCCUCUCUCACCCGGUUUCAACUCAUCUCCGAAUACCCACCUCGAGACAACAGAGAAAAGCACACAGAUAGGCUGGCCCUACGCUGUACGGUACAACAAUUACCCUUUCAUCGACCCCCCGGAAGACAUCUCACAUCCGAAGCGAUUAUAGUCAAGAUGGCGAACGGAUGGAGCAUCAUCAUCGGCCUCAUCGUCGUCGUCAUCGCCUCCGUAUUGGCGUGGAUCUUCAGCCCGAAGGGCGAGAAUCAGACUGUGUUCAGAAGUACCCUGAUCCUGUCAUUCGUAUGCUGUUAUCUGAUGUGGGCGAUCACGUUCCUCGCGCAGUGGCAUCCGCUUAUCACGCCUAAGCGGUCGGAUAUUCGGCCUGAUCGCGUGCCCGAGUAGAUUCCUCUUUUCUCUUGCGAAUCAGGUUGGGGGAGCGGGGAUGUGUGAACUUUGUAUGAUGUGUCGUGGUGGAUUGGCAGGGUGACUAGAGGCGUGGUGAUAUGCUAUGGAGGGGGCCCUGGGCUCGUCGUGGCUUGGUGGCGGGGAGGUUUGAAUGGGAUUAUACCCCAGUCAAUUUUACAAGGGCUUUUCUCAUGUUUCUCGAACCUUUGUAUAGUUUAAAGUUUCUUUUUUGAUGGCACCGUUGAAGUUUGUUUUGACUUAUGCGGAUUUGCGAACUGCAUCAUGAUUGUAUCCUACAUUCUUCUUUCCUUGGGAGAGGGGGUAUUAUGUACUGUAUAUGCUGCGUAUACCGCAGCGGGGACGGAGGACCCAAGGACAAGCAUAGA